CAAUUUCAUUAUUUCACACUCAAAAAAAAAAUGCAUCAAUUUCUUCCUCGUGAUAUGUGGCUCGAGGUUUUUUCCUUCCUAAAACCAACACUGAUCAUUUCACAAUGUUCACCACUCUCACACGAAUGGCACAAUUUAAUGGCAUCUAUAAAUUUUGAACUUUCAUUCAAGAUGAAGAAUUCUGAAGAGGAUGAUUACAUUGAUGAUGAGGAAACAGAUGAGAUUGAAUUGUGUAAUAAAGUAGGAAAGGAAGGCAGAUAUGCAGCACUUGAAAAGGCAAUUGUUGGCAUGUGUCAGUGCAGUGCUUUGAAAAGUGUCAAAAAAUUGAAUUUUUCACAAGUUUCACUAAAUGAUGAGCUUGUUAGAAAGAUUGCCCAAUGUGAAAAUUUUGCCAAUUUGCAAUCGUUGAAUCUUUACAAUAGUGAGAUUAGUGUUGCGAGCUUUAAGGCAAUUCUGAAAAGUACUUUUGCAAAUUCUUUGAAAAAACUCAAAUUUGAGGGGAAGAAUAUGGAAAAAUCAAAUUGUGAAGAAAUUGAAAAGUAUUUGGAAGAAAAUAGUGGUCAACUGAGUAAUCUUGGUGUGUAUUAUUUUGAAAUGGGAGAAAUUAUGAAAACUACUCAUCAUGAAUAUGCAUCGGAACUUUUCAAAAAGGCAGUAGAUCACAAGUAUUACAAAGCCAUGUUUACAAUUGGUGUCAUGUAUGAUAUUGGACCACUUCAAUUUCAAGGUGGAGGAGAGGAGGCAAUGGAAUGGUAUUUGAAAGCUCUGAAUAAUGGAAUAGCCAAGGCAGCUGUUAAUCUUGGAGUUGUUUACAGAGAGGGCAUUGUUGUAAAGAAGGAUAUUUCGAAAACAAUCGAAUAUUAUUCAAUGGCUGACAGAAUGGGAGGAACUACGGGAAUGUUCUAUCUUUCCUUAUUAUAUUUCGAUGGAGAAGGGGUAGAAGAAGAUAUCAAUAGAGCAAUGAAACUACUCAAGAAGGCAGGAUCACUUGGAGACAAAGAUGCAUUUUGUAGAUUAGGCGAAAUCUAUUUGGAAGGUCAUCUCUUUGAGGUUAAUAAGGAGAAAGCUUUCUACUACUUUAAUAAGGCUGCGAAAUUAGGAAGUGCCAAAGCAAUGCAUCAUUUGGGUGUCAUGUAUAGAACAGGUGAGUUUGUAGAGCAAGAUAAUGAAAAAUCUUUCAGAUACUAUCUGAAAUCUGCCAAAUUAGGACAUGCAAGUGCUCAAUUGUGUGUUGCAGAUUGUUAUGAGAAUGAUAAGGAUGACAUGGAUGAGGCAUUCAAAUGGUACUUGAAAUCUGCUCUAAAUGGUGAUACUAGAGCUGCUCUCUAUGCAGGUGCCUUAUUGGCGAAUGGUAAAAAGGUGGAAAGAAAUCUACCACUUGCACUUAUGCUCUGUGAUAGAGCAGCAAGAAGUGGAAAUGUUCAUGCCCUCUGUAAUGUUGGACGAAUAUACGAAUUUGGAGAUGAAACAAUUCCAGUUGACAUACCCAAAGCUAUUCAAUAUUAUGAAAAUGCAGCAAGUAUGGAUAGUACAAGGGCUAUGUUAAGUCUUGGUGUCCUCCUUUCAGGUAAUGAUAUCUACAGAGAUAUGGAGAAAGCCAAGCAAUAUUUGUUAAGAGGAAGUGAACUUGGUGAUCUGUAUUGUAAAUUUGCUUUGGCUGAAUUAUUCUAUCUACUUGAAGAUUAUGAAAAUGCCUUGUUGUGGAUUAAUGAGGCGAUUGAAGAGGGUGAUCUCGAGGCCAUCUGUACAUUAGGAAAGUGGUAUAAGGAAGGUAAAGCUGUGCCAUUGGAUUAUUCGAAAGCAAUAGAAUUGUUUGAGAGGGCUUCUCUAAGCCUCUGUGAUAAUGCUGUAGAAGAACUUGCCGAAAUGUAUAGAAAUGGUUUGGGAGUGGAAAAGAAUGAGGAAAAGGCUAAUGAGCUAAUGCAAUCCAUUGGUUGCACAGAACAAGCAGAAGAAUAGGUUAUUAUUAUUGGAAAGACAAAACAACUUAUUAAAUUAUUUACUACUAUACUUUCUG